CAGCCUAUUCGCUCGCGGGUCCUCCGGCUGCCCCCGCCCACACGCUAUUGCCGUAGGUCGCACCAGGCAGAGGCGUUGCUGCCUGAGCCCUGGAUCCGAGACGUGGCUCCCAGGACGGAAGAACCAUGUUGGAUUUCGCGAUCUUCGCCAUAACCUUCUUGCUGGCGUUGGUGGGAGCGGUGCUUUACCUCUACCCGGCUUCUAGACAAGCUGCAGGAAUUCCAGGGAUUCCUCCAACCGAAGAAAAAGAUGGUAAUCUUCCAGAUAUUGUGCAUAGUGGAAGUUUACAUGAGUUCCUGGUUAAUUUGCAUGAAAGAUACGGGCCUGUGGUCUCUUUCUGGUUUGGAAGGCGCCUUGUGGUUAGUCUGGGCACUAUUGAUGUAUUGAAACAGCAUAUCAACCCCAAUAAGACAUUGGACUCUUUUGAAACCAUGCUGAAGUCAUUAUUAAGGUAUCAAUCUGGCUGUGGAAGUGGGAGUGAAAACCACAUGAGGAAAAAAUUAUAUGAAAAUGGUGUGACUGAUUCUCUGCAGAGUAAUUUUGAUCUCCUGCUAAAGCUUUCAGAAGAAUUAUUAGAUAAAUGGCUGUCUUACCCAGAGAGCCAGCAUGUACCCCUCAGCCAGCAUAUGCUUGGUUUUGCUAUGAAAUCUGUUACACAGAUGGUAAUGGGUAGUACAUUUGAAGAUGACCAAGAAGUCAUUCGCUUCCAGAAGAAUCAUGGCACAGUAAAGUCUGAGGUUGGUAGAGGGGAGUUGGAGACUAGCCUGGGCAAAUCCAUGGGAAGAUUAGAAAAUAAGGAAGACUCCCUUAUGCAACUGGAAUCUAUUUUAAAGAAAAUUAUAAAAGAACGAAAAAGAAGAAACUUCGGUCAACAUAUUUUCAUUGACUCCUUAGUACAGGGGAACCUUAAUGACCAACAGAUCCUAGAAGACAGUAUGAUAUUUUCUCUGGCCGGUUGCAUAAUAACUGCAAAAUUGUGUACCUGGGCAAUCCUUUUUUUAACAACCUGUGAAGAAGUUCAACAAAAACUAUAUACAGAGAUAAACCGAGUCUUGGGCAAUAGUCCUAUUACUCCAGAGAAAAUCGAGCAGCUCAGGUAUUGUCGGCAUGUGCUCUGUGAAACUGUUCGGACUGCCAAAUUGACCCCACUUUCUGCCCGACUUCAAGAUAUUGAAGGAAAAAUUGACCAAUUUAUUAUUCCCAGAGAGACCCUCGUCCUUUAUGCCCUUGGUGUGGUACUUCAGGAUCCUAAUACUUGGCCAUCACCACACAAGUAUGAAUUAUCUGUCAUUGUUUUUACCAUUGGAGGGCCAAACUGCGGGCCCCAGGACGAGUCGGCUUCUAAGCAGGACAAGUUUGCAUAUAUGGUGACCACAGUACUCCUGAGUGUAUUAGUGAAGAGACUACACCUACUUUCUGUGAAGGGACAAGUUAUUGAAACAAAGUAUGAACUGGUAACAUCAUCAAGGGAAGAAGCUUGGAUCACUGUCUCAAAGAGAGAUUAAAAUUUAUAUAUUUUAAUUCUCUGUAAAAUAGACUAAGGAAAGUAACCAUUUAGAAAAUCAGUGUUUGGCCUGUGUUUGUGUUUGGCCUGGCACAGUGGCUCAUGCCUGUAAUCCCAGCACUCUGGAGUCUGAGGAGGGUGGAUUGCCUGAGCUCACAAAUUUGAGACAAGCCUGAGCUAGA